AUGGACUACGAGACGUCGUUUGACGAGUUUGUCGAUAGCAGGAAAUUCAUCGCCCUUGUGGUGUCCGAUGACGAGGAUUACGAUGAGGAGGACGAAAAUAUCAGCAUAUCGAAUAUUGUCAUUGAGGAGGAACCAUUGAAGGUGGUCAAGGAGAUAUUGACCGUGCCGGAACAGAAAAAGCAACAACCUGUGGUCGCCACUGCUUCAACGAAAUCCAGUAGGAGUAGUAGUAAUAAGAAUAAUGUGGCACAGCCCCCUCAGACGAAACAAGUGAAGAAUAAGUCAGAGGAAAAGAAACGUUGGUCCUUUAUGUCCAACCAUUCCUCUUCUUCUAAGAAGAGAUGGUCCACUUUAUCGGCAUUUACAAACGAUUCUGGUAAUAGUACCAGCAAGGAAAGAGACUCCCAGUACGUGAAGAGAAUCUCCACUCACAGUAGUAAUAUUUCCAUAACUGCUGCUAAUACUAGUAGUAGCAGUAAUAAGAGAAUGUCAUUGGCAAGCAGUUUGAGCAGCAAUGAACAUUCAACUGGUGCGGACAGUAUGUCUCACAAUGAAAUGAAUAACGAACAUAAACAUUCCCUAAUGAAACGUUCAUCUACAGGGUCCUCUUUAAGACAAUUGUUUAAUAAAAUUGUUAUUAAUGAACCAAAGGAUGGAAACAUCAAACAGCAUGCCUCACAGGAUAAAUUGAGACGAGAUCAUAACAAUAAGGAGAAUAUAGACCACCAUAUUCACAGUGAACAUACCGAUCCUAAACAAAAAUUAAAUACACAGCAGACAACAACUGUUCACUCCAAUUUGCAUUCACAUAAUAACUCGAAGUUCCGUGCCCCCUUAAAACCUGUAACAAAUACCACAAUGACGAAUAGUUCAUCAUUGGCUCGACAGCGUCAUUCUGUAUUUUUUGGUAACCAAAAUACUGAUAAUUCAUCUUCUCAUCAGUAUAUGGAUAACUCGAGUAUAUCUUCAAUGUCAUCAAAUAGUUCCAAAUGGAAAUUCUGGAAAAGAAGUAGUAUCUCUGGAUCUAUGUCUAGAUCUACUUCGACUAAAUCAUUAAGCAUCAAUGAUGUAGGCUUACCCGUAACGUCUACUGCAACUAUGAACGAUCACAAGAUAAGACAUAAGAAUUCAUUUUCUGAUUUCCAUAAAUCUAUUUUUUCGAGUAGUAAUAAUAACAAUGUGAGUGAUAGCUCUGAUAAUUUAUCCGUUUCUUCACAAUACUUGAAACAAAAAGUUUCAUCAUCAAAUCUUUCCAUUCAUGGUCUAACGCAUCGUACUUCUCAAUCAAGUUUGAAACACAAGACAUCGCACAGCUCUUUACAAAAGUUUAAAAGUAGAAGGAAGUCUGCAAAUAAUAGUGGUAAUAUAACCUCAGAUGAUACAUCAUCAACUAAUUCAGGUCCCUUAAUAUCCCUACCAAUACCAGACCAGGUUUCAAGAGAUAAGAUUAAGACCAAAUUAAGGAACUCUACUUCUUUAUUAUCUUUAAACUCAUCUACCCCCAUGGCAAAGCAACAAUAUGAUCAAUCAAUAUUUACCCAAAUGUUAGAAUAUUGUGAUAUCAAGCAUAUUAUUGAUCAUAUUGAAUUUGAAAAUGGAUUGAAAAAAUCUUUAUUUACCUUGGAUAAAUCCACACUCAUACAUUCCAACUUAUUUAGAAUACCACCAAGCUCUAACAGAUCAGAUUCGAUGGUUUGUAAAGUUAUCCCGUUAGGAACCUUAGACGAUAUAUCAUCAUCAAAGUCAAUGUCAUUAAAGGAAUUGAAGAUAUUAAGUAUAUGUAGGGGUACCACGGGGCUACCGUAUCUCUUACAGUCAUACUUACUGAGAUCAGCAUCCGGUAAUAAUAUUUCAUUGUUUCUUUUUAUGAAAGAUCAUGGUUCUCCUUUAUCCCUAUAUCGCUUCGAUAACUGGUCCCAAAUCCUAAACAUUUAUUGGCAAUGUGCCACCAUUCUUUACGUGACGGAGGCUAAAUUUGAAUUUGAACAUAGAAACUUAACAUUGGAUCAUAUUCUGAUAGAUAGUCAUGGUAACGUCACAUUAUGUGACUUGAAAUCCAGUAGAGGUAAAUGGGUCACUGAGGGUGAAGAUCAUUUCGAUCAUUACGAUGAAGAAAUACUAUUUACUAGGUUGGACCAUCCCCUAUUCUUUCAAGGUGGGGGAGAUUAUCAAUUUGAAAUAUAUAAUAUGAUGAGAUCUAUUUUUUAUGAUCCAUCUACUUGGAGAAAUUUUGAACCAAGGACAAAUUUAUUGUGGUUGCAUUAUUUAGCAAUAAAACUGAUAGUAAACAAUAAUUCAGUGCCGACAAGUCCUGAAAGGGAUCAGUUGACCAAACUGGCCCAAUUAAUUGAUCCAUCAUUGGUCAUUAAAAAACAUAAACAUAAAAAAAAUGAUAUGGAGAUGAGAAGUUGUGGUGAUCUAAUUAGAUACAAAUAA